ACUUGUUACCUUUAACCGUUUUGCGCACAGCGCGAUUUGAAUACAAUUAUAUAUGAAAUUUCGUUUUUGCGCUAUCAUAUAUCGCAUUAUUUAUAUAUGAUAAUUAUAAUUUUUUUAAUUUCUGAUGGUUGCAUACUAAACUUCAGCCAAUGACAAAAAAAGGAGCCAAAAAUGAACUCUUAAUCUUGAAAACUAAGCGCGCUGUGAUUUUUAAAAAAAAAUAUUUUUUCCGCUUCCGCGCUCACUCUGAAAUGUCUCCGGCACACGGGAGACAAUUUUUUUUUACCGCUUCGGCGUAAGAGGGUUAAUUACGCUAAUUCAGGUGUUCAGGGAGUUUAUUGCAAAUGAAGUUUUCAUAGUAAAACUAAUAUUGUAAUACUUACCUGAACAGCUGAAUGACUCCCACUAUCCUCCCCUCCGUAGUGAAUGAUAAAUGUGGCAAAUGAGUGGGGAUAGCUCCUCCAGCCGGUCCUGGCAGCAGUGUUGCCAACGGUAGUGUAGGUAACUCAGUGGACUGUGUUUACCUGCAGCGUUAGUAACGCUGGCAGUUAAAAUUACCCAAAUGAUGGGUAAGUAUGUGGGGAUAUAGUUCAGGCUGGUCAGUGACCUGGGCUAAUUCAGGUGUUCAGGUAAGUAUUACAAUAUUAGUUUUAUUAUAAAAACUUCAUUUUUAUGACAGGUCCCACUAAAAGUUGUGUUGCAUUGUGGGUUUUAGUUUUUUGUGGUGACUACAGUAACGUGUUUGACUUUUUUACAGCUGUUGCAUCAAUGAUUAUCUGUAGAUGCCAGAAACCAUGGAAGAAGCAACAUGUGAAAGGAUUAUGAAGAAAUUGGAUUUGGUGAUAAGUCAAGAUCCUCUACUAGAUGAAUUCGAUGUGGUUUUUUCUCUCGGUGAAGUCAAUAGAUCACCUAUUAUCAAUAUUGAACACAAAGUAGGUCUUGAGUCCUGGUGUGUGAAGCAUGUUUAUGCUUAUGCUUAUACGAAGAUUUUGGAUGCCAAACAGACAAAAGACGGGAAGGAUCCUGUCUUGCUGUUGCGAUGGACUCAGUUUUGCCUCCUUAUUGCACCAGAAGUAGCUACUUUUUGGAAUGUACGAAAAAUGCUGCUUCGUGAAGGCAGGCUUGCAGCUGAAACUGAUUUACAUCUCACUAAACUUAUUUUAUCAAGAAAGCCAAAGUGUAUGGAAGUGUUCCAGCAUAGGAAGUGGAUGUUUUCUAACAUUACUGCCAGAACAGUUUGCAUGCAGGCAAAUGGUGAAAAUAAUGGCUUGAAUGAAAAUAACCAAAACGGUGUUAGGGAUAUGGUUGAUUUAAAUAGUAUCAAGCAGUUUCUCUUUGCUGAAUUAGAUUUAUGUACAAGCAGCGCCAACAAGCAUCAGAAUAAUUACCACUCUUGGAACCACCGUUUAUGGAUCAUUGAGCAGUUUGUAAAUAUGCCCUUUCAAGAAGUGUGCAGGCUUGAGUAUGAUGCAACUCAUAAUUGGGUUAGUGUUCAUGUGAGUGAACAUAGUGGAUUACAUUACCUUCAAUACCUUCUAGACUCAAUUGUCUCUGUGGUUGAGGAGAAGAAAGUUAAUACUAUCCAGGAGAUGAUGCCCUAUGUAGAUUCAGUGGAAAAGCUUUAUAUCAGGGAACUUGAGUUCAAUAGAGACCUUAUUGAAGAAUAUAGAGAUCAUGAAGCACUCUUUUGCCAUCGCCGGUUUUUGUUAACACGAAUGCGAGAUCUUCUCUGCUCCUCUCCGCAAAGAACUUGCUCUCCUCCUCCACCAGCAUUAAAGAGAUCAUGUGUUGAAACAGUCAAUAGUGAGUGGAGUGCUGUUCUUCUUGGUGAACGAGAGUUAAUUAACAGAUGUCUCCUCACAAAUUCAUACCAAAAAGUUCUUGGGGAGAAACAUGCCCAGUGGUUAAACAAUGUUGUUGGUAUUUGAAGGUUUAAGAAAAAAUAUAAUAUAUCUUAGCAAAUUUA